AUGGCCUACGAUGACUGGAACAAGCUUGACGAGGAGGAAGAGGAGGAGCUACAGGACUACUCGUAUUUCGACAGCAAGAAGGAUGUUAUUCUGUUCUGUAUUGACUGCUCUGAAUCCAUGCUCGAACUUCGCGAAGACCCCAUAUAUGAGAAUGCUCAAACUUGUCACGCCUAUAUCGCCCUUGAAGCAGCCAUGCAAAUACAGAAGAAAAAGGUCAUCACUGGUCCCAACGACUCUGUGGGCAUCCUCCUUUUCAACACAUCUCGUCAAGGCGAGUCCAGUCGCAGCACUGGCUCCGACAUCAAGAAGAAUUGUUUUGUGUACCAACCUAUUGCCCCUCUCAGUGCGCCGAAGAUUCAGGACCUCAUACAUCUUCUGGAUGCAUUUCGAGAGGAUCCUGAAGAAUUAAAACGAAACUUUCCCCCGUUGCUCGAUGGGAAAAAGGACCUGACGCAAUCCGGAGUUGCUGUCGAACCGUUUUUCAUCAGCACGAAGGAAAAGCCGUUUGACGUAUCCAGGUUCUACUCGUCUGUUCUCCUGCCAAAUAGUCUUGUCGAUGAGGACGACAUUGACACUGAGGACCCUUCAGUUCUUCGAGAGUCGAUAUCCAUCUCUCGGAUCGAAGACCUACUGGCUCAGAUGCGAUUCCAUGAAGUCGCAAAGCGAGCUGGCUUUAGUGUGCCUUUCCAGCUUGCAAACGGGUUCACUAUCGGCGUCAAAGGGUAUGGCCUUGUAACGGAGCAGAAAAAGGGCUCCUACAAAUAUUUCAUGGAUCUUGGCGACAGAAUGGAGGUCGCUACUGUCAGGACGUCCUACGUUGACGAGGAACAACAAUCCGAAGUCGAAAAGACCCGCAUGGUUUAUGGAAUGGGUGUAACGUCCGGGGGGGACGACGCUGAUGGAAACGAGAGACCUGCCAAGCCAGGACAACGCCCGUUUUACAACGCCGAAGAAAUCCGGUCCUUCAGAACUUUGGGUCUGGAACCCAGCAUCAAGCUCCUUGGGUUUAAAGACCUCUCGGAACUUAAAUUUGAGGACAAUGUCAAGCACUCACUAUUCAUCUAUCCCGAUGAAUUGACCUAUGCGGGAAGCAAACGCACAUUUUCCGCUUUGCUUCAAUCUAUGAUUAAGAAAAAGAAGAUGGGCCUGGUCCUCGCCUUAGUGCGGAGAAAUGCAUCUCCCACUUUCUGUGCACUAUUACCCCAGGCAGAGAACAUGGAAGACGGAUGGGCGGACCCGCCUGGUUUCCACCUGAUUCCGCUUCCAUUUGCGGACGAUAUUCGCAGCGCGCCAAUUGAGCAAGCUUGCCGUGCCUCAGAAGACGUCAAAGACGCCGCGCUUGCCUGGAUAAACAAACUUUCUGUCAAAAAUGGCGCCUAUCCACCAGACUCUUAUCCAAAUCCAGCGCUCGCAUUCCAUAAUGCUCAACUCCAAGCGACUGCCUUUGGCGAAGAGUUCGACGUUGAUGAAUUCGAAGAUUUAACUUUACCCAAAGUCGAUAUGAUGCAUAAGCGAGCUGGCAAACUCUGGGAGGCAUGGAAGUCUUCUGUCGCGAACGACGAAGCUGCAUUAGAAAGCGGCCCCGUCGUGGAAGAGAAGAAGAGGGGCACCAAGCGCAAAGCAGAAGUCGACCUUUCGGAGACCGAGAUUAGGACACGGGUCGCGGACGGGACGCUUGCCAAACUUACCAACGACCAACUCAAGACCUUCCUCAAGAGCAAAGGCCAGCCUGUGUCUGGCAAAAAUGACCGCCAUGGCCUCCACAAGCAGCUCGCUCUCACUCAGCUGCCGCACACCGUUGCCGACACUGAAGACCAUCCAGGGCGGGGUCCAUCGGCUAUUCCUGAAGACAAGAAAGAAGAGUUACUCGAAAACGCGGAGGACAAUUGGCAAGAUGACCCAAUAAAUCCGCGAAACUGGUCGCUAGGCAAGAAGUGGACCUCGGCGGGAGUGGUGUCUUUCUACACGUUUAUCAGUCCGCUCUCGUCAAGCAUCAUGGCCCCUGGCCUCCCUGACAUCGCCCUCAAGUAUAAUAUCACCAACGAAACCAUAAUAGCGAUGACUCUGUCGAUUUUCUUAAUAUCCUUUGCCAUUGGGACUCUAGCCUUUGUUCCUCGCUCCGAUAUCGGUACAGCCCUCCUCCUUGCAACACCAGUGCUGAUGGCGGACUUUCAGGAAAUGUAUGGCCGGCGAUGGGUCAUGAAUAUUUGCAAUCUAAUCACCAUUGGUUUCAACCUUGGCUGCGCCUUCGCGCCGACGACGGGGGCAUUACUUGCAUUUCGAUUCUUAGUCGGUUUCUCUGGCAGUGCCCCCAUUGCUUGUGGCGGGGGUGUUAUUAGCGACCUUUUCUCAGAGCGAGACCGCGCAGCUGCAAUGGCUAUCUACAGUCUCGGUCCUCUUAUUGGUCCAGUUGUUGGACCGAUUGCAGGCGGAUUUGUCACCCAAAAAAUCGGAAUCAAGUACGUCUUCAUCAUUGUGGCAGGCCUGGGAGGUAUCGCAAGCGCAUUUGGGAUCCCAUUCCUACGAGAAACAUACGCUCCCGUCAUCCGUUUACGGCGUGCGAAAAACGCCCCGGAUCCAGAAAAGGCUGCAGCAGCGCAUCCUGUUCUCCUCACGGAGCACACAAGCAAACUCCACUAUUUGUGGAUCAAUCUUAGUCGACCUGCGAUACUUCUCUGCAGGAGUGUCGUUUGCUUCCUUCUCAGUCUUUAUAUGGCCUUCAUGUACGGCAUCUAUUAUUUGAUGUUUGCGACAUUCAGCACGCUGUUCUCGGAAGUUUAUGGAUUUGGCACUGGAAUUGGUGGAUUGACUUACAUCGGUCUUGGUGUCGGUUUCAUGCUGGCAACUAUCUUCAGUGCCAGAUGGGGAAACGACAUCUACCUUUCGUUGUCGCAACGGAAUGGCGGCAAAGGCGAACCAGAGAUGCGAAUUCCAGCACUCAUUCUCGGUUCCUUGUUUGUGCCCGUGGGCCUUUUCUGGUAUGGCUGGUCAGCGGAAGCUCGAAUUCACUGGAUUAUGCCCAUCAUUGGAUCAGGCAUCUUCGGCUUCGGCAUGAUGACGACAUUCCUGCCAAUUCAGCUCUACCUCGUCGACACGUUCACCUACGCCGCAAGUGCUCUCUCCGCUGCAUCUGUUUUCCGCUCCCUUUUAGGCUUCGCCUUUCCACUAUUCGGCCAGCAAAUGUUCAACGCCCUCGGGACGGGCGGCGGCAACUCGUUACUCGGUGGUCUGGGUAUUGUCUUGGGAAUCCCAUUCCCGAUCUACCUUUACUACCAUGGGGCUGAAAUCCGUCAGAAGAGCGCGUUUUCUCGAUGA